GAAAGUGAAACUAACUUGAUCAGAAACAAUAUGGACUCCUGAAACGAUCAAACUCUUCAAACAGCAGAAUACUGAAUCGUUCAAAGACGCUUGUGGACACACCUGAUACUCACAGUCAUGUCAUCCUCCAUUAGUUCACUGACUGAGGAGCUUCAGUGCUCUAUAUGUCUGGACGUGUUCACUGAUCCAGUCAGCACUCCAUGUGGACACAACUUCUGCAAGACCUGUCUGAAUAAGUGCUGGGACAACAGCCAGACCUGCAGCUGUCCAUACUGUAAAGAAACUUUCAAGCAAAGACCUGAUCUCAAGAUUAAUACCACACUCAGAGAGCUCGUAGGUGACUAUAAAAAGAAAAGUCCUGAGAAAAAGCCUGAAGUUCUGUGUGACAUCUGUGAGGAAAGAAAGCUGAAAGCCCUGAAGUCGUGUCUGGUGUGUCAGAGCUCUUACUGUGAAACUCACCUGGAGCCUCAUUUGAGAGUGACACUUUUGAAGAAACACAAACUGAUGGAUCCUGUGAGUAAUCUGGAGGACUAUAUAUGCCAGAAACAUGAUAGUCCUCUGGAGCUGUUCUGUAGAGAUGAUCAGACAUGUGUGUGUAUGAUCUGCUCUGUGAAAGACCACAAGAACCACAACACUGUUCCUAUAAAAGAGGAGAGCGAAGAUAAGACUGAGCUGAUGAAGACACAGAAAGACAUGCAGCAGAUGAUCCAGGACAGAAUCAAGAAGAUUCAAGACAUCAAACACUCAGCAGAAGUCAGAAAAGGAUUUUAUACUGAACUGCUGGAGAUGAUGGAGGAGCAGCAGAAAGCAGCAGAGAAACAGGAGGAAGAGCUGAUUGAAGAGCUGGAGCAGGAGAUCACUGAGCUAAAGAUGAGAAACACUGAGCUGGAGCAGCUCUCACACACUGAAGAUCACCUCCACCUCCUACAGAUUUACUCAUCCCUGUGCAGCCCUAGAAACAGCAGGAACUGGCCUGAGAUCAGUAUGAAGACUCAUGAGAGUCUGGAGACUCUGAGGAGAGCUCUGACUCAACUGAAGGACACUAUAGAUGAGAAACUCACACAAACUGAGCUGAAGUGGAUGCAGCAGAAUGCAGUGGAUGUGACUCUGGAUCCUGAUACAGCUCAUCCAUAUCUCAUUCUGUCUGAUGAUGGAAAACAAGUGAGAGAUGGAGACAUUGAUCAGAAACUCCCAGACAAACCUGAGAGAUUUGAUUACUGUGUAAAUGUUUUGGGAAAGGAGGGAUUCUCCUCAGGGAAAUUUUAUUUUGAGGUGCAGGUGAAGGGAAAGACUGAAUGGAUUUUAGGAGUGGUCAGAGAAUCCAUUAACAGGAAGGGAACGAUCACACUGAGACCCAGUGAUGGAUGCUGGACUGUGGCUCUGAGGAAUGGAGAUAAAUAUAAAGCCUUUGCUGGUCCUCGUGUCACUCUGUCUCUGAGAGUGAAGCCGCAGCGGGUCGGUGUGUUUGUGGAUUAUGAGGAGGGUCUGCAAUAA